AUGGCCACGCUUGUCUGCAGGGUUCAGUUUUUAGAUGACACCGAUCCGUUCAACAGCACGAAUUUCCCGGAGCCGACCAGACCGCCGCUGUACACCUUCAGGGAGGAUAUCCCACUCAUCAACCAGUUAGCAGGCAUCCACAGGCUCCUCAAAGCCCCACACAAGCUUGAUGACUGUACGCUGCAGCUCUCCCACAAUGGCACCUAUCUGGAUCUGGAGUCCUCUCUGGCUGAGCAAAAGGACGAGCUGGAGGGUUUUCAGCAGGAUGACACAGGGUCCAGAGGGAAGAAGCACAGUGUUGUUCUACGAACCCAGCUGACUGUCCGUGUGCACGCCUGCAUAGAAAGGCUGUAUAACUCCAAUGGACGUGACUUGAGAAGAGCACUGUUCUCUCUAAAGCAAAUUUUUCAGGAUGACAAAGAUCUGGUCCAUGAGUUUGUGAUGGCUGAAGGUCUGACGUGUCUCAUCAAGGUGGGAGCAGAAGCCGACCAGAACUACCAGAACUACAUAUUAAGAGCUCUGGGGCAGAUCAUGCUGUAUGUAGACGGGAUGAACGGUGUCAUUGGGCAUGCUGAGACAAUCCAGUGGCUGUACACUCUAGUUGGCUCAAAGUUCCGUCUGGUGGUAAAAACAACUCUGAAGCUGUUGUUGGUGUUUGUGGAGUACUCCGAGUCCAACACCCCGCUGCUGAUAGAAGCCAUCACCUCUGUGGACACCAAGAGAGGAUGCAAGCCAUGGUCCAAUACUAUGGAGAUUUUGCAUGAGAAGGACGGAGUGGACACAGAGCUGCUUGUCUACGCCAUGACCCUCAUCAAUAAGACACUUGCAGCACUGCCUGAUCAGGACUCAUUUUAUGACAUGGUGGAUGGUCUGGAGGAGCAAGGCAUGGAGACAGUGUCCCAAAGACAUCUGGGGCGGAAAGGCACAGAUCUGGACUUGGUUGAGCAGCUCAACAUCUAUGAGACGACCCUACGGCAUGAAGAUGGCGACGAUGACAGCAAGCCUCCACCAACAGGACGCCGGGACCGCCGACGAGUCAGCCUUGGAGGCGCCGACAAAAAGUGUGGCCUUGAGAGAAGGCGGAGCCGCAGGGCCUCUCUUGGGCGAUCCGGUACCGCCUCCCCCUGCAGCCCCGCAUCCCCACAGAGAGCCGGCUUCCAGCCUUUCAAUGGACAGAGAGCUGAGGACAAGAGCGAGAGCCCGGCCAAGCAUCUUCCAACCAUAAUUCACCGAUCAACCGUCCAGUCCAUCACCAUCACUUCCAGAAAGGAGAACAUAAAAGAGGAGGAGCAGAGGAUUCGGACUGAACCACCUUCGGCACCCCCCCUCCUCCCCCCAUCUACUCCCACCUUCUCUCCCCCAGUCACCUCCCCGCUCAGCCCCCCAGCACAACCCUCCCUUCUGUCCAGCCUGCUGGCCAGGAAGAGGUCCAUCAUCACUGUCCCGGCUACCAAGGAGGUCAGCCCUCCAUCACGCGGCAGCUCCCGUCCCACCCCCGAACGCCUGCCUUACAUGCCACACUCACCCUUCCACCUCUUCUCCUACGACCUCGAUGAGGAGUCUUCGCCCCCGGCUCCACCCAAACCCAGCGAGGAGUCAACCAAAACGACGUCUCCCAGGAAUGGAGGUCUCAUGUCCUACUCCUCCCUCAGCUCCCCCAGUACGCCCACCAGCUCCAGGCCUGCUUUGGGAGGACUUCUGUCCUCCUCUUACCGACAACACCAGGAAUCUCUGGCGGCCGAGCGAGAGCGCCGCCGCGUAGAGAGAGAGGAGAGACUGCAGCGGAUAGAGAGAGAGGAGAGGAACAAGCACAGCCGCGACUAUGUGGAUAAAAUGGAAGAGGCCAGGCUUGCACGGGAGGAGAGGUAUAAGAACGUGGAACGUCUGGCGUCGGAGGAGUUCGAGAGGGAGCACGUACGGGUGUCAAGGACUCGCCCUGACCUCAACCUGACCUUUGAACCCGCCGAUGCCUGGCCCUCGUCAUCGAGAAGCAGCACCCCGUCCUCUUUCGCCUCCCAGGAGGACGCAGAGGCUGACCCCGAAGCCGAGACCCCCGCCGUCCCCUACACGCCGUCUGAGACAGCAGAGGCUGAUGACUCCAGUGCCAGUGUAGAAACAGAGGAAAAAGAAGCCACUGCUGAAGAGGAGGAAGAACAGAAAGAGGAGGAAGUACAGGAGGAAGCAGCAACAGAAAAGGAGGAGGAAGACGAAGAGUUUGAGCAGGAACCGGAAAAGGAGAAGGAGAAAGAGGAGGCGGAGGCAGAGGCAGAGGCAGAGGCAGAGGCAGAGGCAGAGGCGGAGGCGGAGGAGGACAGCGGCAUCCUAAGCGACAAAGAACGCCAGAAUGAGGAGGUGAACGAGAAGGACAACUGCUCGGCCUCCAGCAUCUCCUCCGCCAGCAGCACUUUGGAGAGAGAGGAGAGGGGGAGCAAUGACAAUGGCUUUAAGGAGCCAGAGGUGAACGAGCAGUGCAGCAAACUCCUCAACAGCAAGCUCUUCAUGCUGGACAUGCUGUACUCCCAGAGCAAGAAGCCCAGUGAUGAGGAGGAGGAAGAAGAGGAUGUGGGGAAGGAGAAGGAGAAGGAGAAGGGAGAGGGGGAGGAGGACAAAGAAGCUCAGGAGGACGCCGAUGUGCAACAAGGCGACGACCAGGAGGGCGAGCACAAGGCCGGCAUAUCAGAACAUCAGAGGACCAUCCGACCGUUUGCCGAGCGGUUUGGAGAGCUGAUCAGGGACUUCGGAUCGAACCCCCCUCACCUGGAGGUCCAGGCCAGCGAGCCUCCUCCUCCUCCUCCCCCACCCAAAAAGGAAUCCGACACGAUCUGGGACCAGCUCCUGGCCAGCCCUCGAGAGCUGCGCAUCGGGGACAUCAACUUCACCGACCUGACGGAGGAAGACGACAAAGACAUUCUGGACGCUGUUUUGAUGGGAGGAUGCAGUGACCAUCCACCCCCGCCGCCUCCUCCACCCUGCCUCCCUCGCUUCCCUCCACACCCAGGCAUGCUAGGCAGCUCCCCACCCCCUCCCUUGAUGGGGAUGAUGCCGCCCCCUCAGCCCCCAUCCUUUAGCAACCAAAUUCCAGUGCCUCCCCCUCCGGAGCCGCCACUCUUCAAUAAGAAGAAGAAGACAAUCAGGCUCUUCUGGAGCGAGGUGCGUCCGACAGAUUCCCAGUACAGGGACUACAAGCGGAGUGGAGACACGUUCUGGUCUAAACUGGAACCAGUGAAAAUUGACACGUCCAAACUGGAACACCUGUUUGAGUCGAAAUCAAAGGAAAUACCAGUUACAAAGAAAACAGCAGCAGACGGCAAACGUCAGGAGAUCAUCGUUUUGGAUUCCAAGAGGAGUAACGCCAUCAACAUCGGCCUGACGGUGCUGCCUCCUCCCCGCACCAUCAAGACGGCUAUCCUCAACUUUGACGAGUAUGCUCUCAACAAGGAGGGCAUAGAGAAAAUCCUGACGAUGAUCCCCACGGAGGAGGAGAAGCAGAAGAUCCAGGAGGCCCAGCUGGCCAACCCUGAAGUCCCGCUGGGCUCAGCAGAGCAGUUCCUCCUCACUCUAUCCUCCAUCACAGAGCUCUCUGCUAGACUGCAACUCUGGGCCUUCAAGAUGGACUACGAGGCAACCCAGAAGGAAGUUGCAGAGCCGCUGCAGGAUCUGAAAGAGGGCAUGGAACAGCUGGAGAAGAACAAGACUCUCCGCUACAUCCUCUCCACAGUGCUCUCUAUGGGAAACUUCCUAAAUGGCACCAAUGCUAAAGGAUUCGAGUUGACAUAUUUGGAGAAGGUCCCAGAGGUGAAGGACACGGUUCAUAAGCAGUCUCUGCUGCAUCACGCCUGCUCUGUGGUGGUGGAGAACUUCCCUCAGAGCACCGACCUCUACUCCGAGAUCGGAGCCAUCACGCGAUCUGCAAAAGUGGAUUUUGACCAGCUGCAGGAGAACCUGUGUCAGAUGGAGCGGCGCUGCAAAGCCUCAUGGGACCACUUGAAGGUGAUCGCCAAGCAUGAGAUGAAGCCCCAGCUGAAGCAGAAGAUGUCUGACUUCCUCAAAGACUGCGCUGAGAGGAUUAUCAUCCUCAAGAUCGUUCACCGCAGGAUCAUCAACAGGUUCCACUCAUUCCUGUUGUUCCUCGGUCAUCCGGCCUACAGCGUGAGAGACGUCAGUGUCCACAGGUUUAGCAAAAUCCUCAGCGAGUUUGCGCUGGAGUACAGGACCACCCGAGACCGCGUGCUGCAGCAGAAACAGAAACGAGCCGACCAUCGCGAACGCAACAAGACCCGAGGAAAGAUGAUAAUUGACGUUAACGCCCCUUCUGAUGAUGAAGAGGAGAGUGAGUGUGCUCGGUAUGGCUCCAGCAGCAGUAACAGCGCCCCGAGUGGCAGCCAGGAGGUGGAGCCUCCUCAGGGUCUGGGCCACACUGAGGACGCCGCAGAGCACGAGCACAUGAAAGCCGUGCUGAGAACCAGCCUCAGCGGCGGUGACAAGGAGCCCAGCGGGGUGCCAGGGCUUCGGACACGGACAAGAUCCCGGCCUGGACGGGGAGGUCGCAGUAUGCCGGCGUGCACCCCACCUGUGGACGACACUCAGAUCUGUGGAGACGACGCUGCGGACGAGAUUAUGGAACGCAUAGUGAGGUCGGCAACUCAGGGUCCAGGAACCAGAGCCGUGCCCAGAGAGAGGAGGAGGUCCAGGGCCAACCGCAAGUCAUUGAGGCGGACCCUGAAGAACGGCCUGACCCCGGAGGAAGCUCUUGCUUUAGGACUUUCCGAUUCUCCGGAUCCAUAAAUGUAGUCAUCCACCCUCCCGCCUGCGGUCAUUGCCGUGGAAACACAGCUAUCUUUCGAGCGACAUCUCUGUCUGCCUUCGCCACGCUUUACAGAGUUGUAUUUCACCAGUCACAAACCCCCUUUAGGUUUUUUGCCAGCUGCUAAUUUUGCCUGAUGUGUCUGAGUGAUGAAGCUGCAGCCAUGACGUUUUUUUUGUGUAUGCAACAAGAAAGAAAAUGGAUUCCCGAAGAAAAAGUGGAAGUGAAGAAAAGAAUGGAUACUUUUAAAACAAUCCAAAAAUGUAUUUGAAAUGUUGCAUUAGUCCAAAGGGAUAUUUUUUGCUUGUGAGUUUCUGCAGCUGUGACUUUUUUCUUUUAUUUAAGCUGUGAAUUUCGGUUGUAAAAAUGAACGGGCUGAAGAGGAAGUUGGAUUUCACCAUGAACAAGGAGGCUCAUUAGGAAUUGUCCUUUGUGAAAAGGCAAAUGUUUGCUUCUGCAGCUGCACGUUCAACAAGUGACAACUAGAUACGUGAAGUAGGAAAGUGAAAGGUUGUCAAUGUGAUGUGAUGUGCCUUUCAUUUAAAGGGACAAUAUUGUAACUUUUCUCAUUCUCUCCCUUUUGUUUCAGUCACCUCCUACUUCUCAGAUGACUCACAAAUGUCACAUUCACAGGUGUAGUUAUAUCGAGUAAGACUGUUGAUUACAAUUCACUUUUUUAUUUUGGCAAAAUAUUUAUUUGCAAAGCUCGGACAUCUUGCACCUUACUCAACGUUAAGAGUUUCUAAUGCUGAAAUGAACAACUGAUCCAAAACAUACACAAAAGGAAGUAUUUAUCUCAGAGGAACUGUUUGUAAAGUGUAAAAAGACAAAAAGAUAAAGACAUUUUAAAAAUUUUAAUAAUCUAUUUUGAAGGACUUGCAGAGAUUUCUGCAUCAAAUGUGUAAAUGCCCUUAUCAGCUGCCAGGUACUAAGUACUAUAGUACUACAGUGUGCAUGUUUAGUGCGGUUCAUGUGAUGUAUUAUUUUUGUAAUUUCUGUAGAAACUUGUAUUAUAGUCUGAGAGAAAGGGUAAAAAGAGGCUAUUCUGUGAAUUGUAAUAAAAGAUAAAUGAAAGAUGUGGUCAAAGCUGAAAUGUGCGUUUUCAAAGCAUUGCUCCGUGCUGAGAGAGAGGAGCAGUAUUCGGGCAUUUACUUUGAACUCUGUGGUCACAUUGUACUUUGUAUGAACUUGAAAAGUUUUGUGGAUAAUGUAAGUCUCAGCUGAAAACAGUUGCUCCUCUCACAGUACAACAAAGACAGGGAAAUAUUGCUGCAUAAAUAUAAUGUGGUGAG